GACCACCUCGGUCAGUUACUUUGUUUUCAGGAAUGUUGUAGGAUUUUGGAGCAGAGUGAGACCUCCUGCUCGUCCCGCUGCUCUCUGGUUCCCAGCAGGACGUCACAUGACGGAGCAGGAGAACCUCCUGACUCCCGCUCCUCUUCCCGUCACUUCUCUGACUGCUCGCCGCCUCCCGUCGCUCUCAGCCCGCAGGAAGGACGCCGACAUGACGGACGCAGCAGCCCGGGAGCCUCCGCCGGAGCUCACCGACUUCCACGAGGUGGAGGACGGGGAGGACCUGUUCCCGGAGCCGAGCCCCGCUCAGGAGGAGUCGCAGCCUGCCAGCCUUCCUGCGGUGGAUAUCAGCAUCAACUCAAACGGACCCAAACACAACUCUGUGUUUGACGACGACACCGAGGAUCUGUUCGCAGAGGCCACUGAGGAAGUGUCGUUGGACAGUCCUGAGAGAGAUGUCCUGCUGUCCGACGGUCCGUCCCCCGCCAUCACCCCCAUCACCCCGCCCACCUCCGUCAUCACGCCACGCAUUGGCCACGCCCACGACGACAUGUUUACACACUCCUCCUUUGAUGAAAUCGAGGAGGAGGAGGGAGGCGACUCCUUCGACAUUCACAUUUCUGUCUCCGACCCAGAGAAAGUUGGUGACGGGAUGAACGCCUACAUGGCCUACAAAGUGACGACCAAGACCUCCAUGUCUCUGUUCAAGCAGAGGGACUUCUCAGUUAAAAGACGUUUCAGUGAUUUUCUGGGUCUGCACAGUAAACUGGCCUCCAAGUACCUCCACAUCGGUUACAUCGUGCCCCCUGCGCCGGAGAAGAGCAUUGUGGGGAUGACGAAGGUGAAGGUGGGGAAGGAGGAUCAGUCGUCCAACGAGUUUGUGGAGAAGAGGAGGUCUGCUCUGGAGAGGUAUCUGAUGAGGACAGUGAAGCAUCCCAUCCUGCUGAAGGAUCCUGACGUCCUUCAGUUCCUGGAGAGCUCCGAGCUCCCCCGUGCUGUCAGCACUCAGGCUUUGAGCAGUGCCGGGCUGCUGAGGAUGGUCAACAAAGCUGCUGACGCCGUCAACAAGAUGACCAUCAAGAUGAACGAGGAGGACGCCUGGUUUGAGGAGAAGCAGCAGCAUUUUGAGAAUCUGGACGUCCAGCUGAGGAAACUUCACGCCAGCGUGGAGUCUCUGGUUUGUCACAGGAAAGAGCUGUCGGUGAACACGGCUCAGUUUGCCAAGUCGGCAGCCAUGUUGGGGAACAGCGAGGACCACACGGCUCUGUCCCGGGCCCUGUCCCAGCUGGCUGAGGUGGAGGAGAAGAUCGACCAGCUGCACCAGGACCAGGCCAACGCUGACUUCUACCUGUUCUCUGAGCUGCUGGGAGACUACGUCCGGCUCAUCACCGCCGUCAAGGGCGUGUUUGACCACAGGAUGAAGACGUGGCAGAAGUGGCAGGACAGUCAGAUGUUGCUGCAGAAGAAACGAGAAGCUGAAGCUAAACUUCAGUUCAACAACAAACCCGACAAACUCCAGCAGGCCAAAGACGAGAUCAAAGAGUUGGAGGGAAAAGUCCAACAAGGUGAAAGAGACUUUGAGCAAAUCUCCAAAACCAUCAGGAAAGAAGUCAGCCGCUUCGAGAGAGAGAGAGUGAAGGAUUUUAAAUGCAUCAUUAUUAAAUACCUGGAGUCUCUGGUUCAAACACAACAGCAGCUCAUUAAAUACUGGGACGCCUUCUUACCUGAAGCCAAGGCCAUCUCAUAAACAGCCCAGAUCAAACUACACUACCCAUGAUGCACCUCUCCUCCUCCUUUUCCCUCUCCUGUUUAAGAUCAGCAUGACACGAAGGAGUGAGGCAGAAAAUCAGCUCAUUAUUUGGUUGUAAUCCUGAUAAUUCUUUAGUUUCUCAGAUAAACUCUGUGCUGCGUUCACUUCCCUCAGUCUGAACUAAUGAUGCCUUUAAUGGUUGUAAAAAAGACAAGUUUUAGAUAAAUGGUUAAAGUGUGCAGUUUGUCUACCUGUCCAGGUGAGUAAACAACUGAGCUGAACAUUCACAGAUCCAACACUUUAACAUCAAAACCACAAGCAAACUGAAAAUAGUCAGGAAAAAACAAUGUCUUUUAUAAUCAGGCUCUAAAGACUACAUUACCCAUGAUCCUCUGCAGCAGAGGAAAGCCUCUGACUGCCCUGCUGAUCUUAAACUGAUCCUGUCGAUCAGAUGAUUAAGUUUUGAUAAAAUAAAUGAUUUCUUCUUUAAUCUCUUUUAAACCAAACAGAGUUUUAUUUUAUAAACGUUCAGUCAUCAAACUGAACAGCUGACUUCCUGUUUCAGCCAUUAAAACCUUCUCCUUCCUGUUUGACCUUUCAUAAUAAGAGCCUGUGUUUUUGUUGCUGAAUGAUCGAAAGUGAAGGCAACUUUUUCUGUUUUAGUCCGGUUCUGGUUCUGUUAACGGGUCCAAAACCUGCAGUGAGUCUGGUUCUGGUUCUGUUAACGGGUCCAAAACCUGCAGUGAGUCUGGUUCUGGUUCUGUUAACGGGUCCAAAACCUGCAGUGAGUCCAGUUCUGGUUCUGUUAACGGGUCCAAACGUCAUGCAGUGAGUCCAGUUCUGGUUCUGUUAACGGAUCCAAAACCUGCAGUGAGUCCAGUUCUGGUUCUGUUAACGGAUCCAAAACCUGCAGUGAGUCCAGUUCUGGUUCUGUUAACGGGUCCAGUUGUUUCUCAAACAGGAAGUGAAGCUGAGCUGAGGGUUUCUGCUGAAAGAGGUUCUGAUGAUCCGAGGUUCUGAGUAUUGUUCUGAUCCGGUCCGUCCUUAAAUCAGUAUCAAAGUGAUGUUUGUUUGUUUGUUUGUUUGUUUGUUUGUUUGUUUGUUUGUUUGUUGUUGUUGAUCAGUGUAAACUCUGCAGAAAUGAUUGAUUAGUUAUGUUGAUGAACUGAAGCUGAUCAGACUGAAGUCUUUUUGUUGUUUUUCUACACUUUUUAAUCUUUGUUUUUGUUUUGAUGAUUGAAGUGAAAUGAUGCAGAUGUUGAUGCAGAUGUUGAUGUUUUGAUGUGACGGAGCUGAUGACUGAAUAAAGAAUGUAUCUCAUC